GGUCUGCACAGUCUUUUAUUUUAGAAGAGAUGCUCCCUUUCUCUGAUGAAUCACACAUGGGUACUGAUGUACUAGUUUGUGGGUUUGAAAUGGGUUGUGUAACUGUUCCUCUUCAUCAAGUGUGUUUUUGAAAUCAAAACUCGUUACUGGGUUAUUUACAUUGGAGGUAUGUUCACAGUUACCGGUAGAUGGGGUUGAUCUCAUUCUAGGAAAUGAUCUAGCAGGUGCCCAGGUUUUUCCUCUUCCUAUUGUUGUACAUCAACCAUUUACGACUGAAAAAUCUGAGAUUGAUACUCAGUUCACUUCUGCAUUCCCUACUUGUGCUGUAACUCGUGCCCAAUCACAGAAACUUGUAGAUGUUUGGAGUCGUAGAGAUUUAAAAGCUCAUUUCAAUUAUUGUGAGGUUUAUUGUGCUUGCAAUUUUGACAGCUUUCUCUGACAGGAUUUCUCUCUUUCUCAUCUCUCUCUAUUUUUUUUUUUUUUUUUUUUUUACUUCAGAAGAAUUUAUUAAUUCAUGAGGUAAAGAGUGUCUCCACAAAAUCUGAAAGCAAGUGGUAAUGGUUGUCAUAGAAGACACAUUUAAAACACAGCAGUUCAAGCUCAAGCUAAAAGUCUCCAUUUGAUGUUAAAGUAGCCUCAUUUUUGUCUCGUAGAAACAUCUGAGAUGUUAAAGAGACUUUAGAUUUUUCUUUCCUAUAAUGGGAUACAUUAAUCCGAUUACAUAUGAAAAUUGCUAGAAAGAAUAAUUUUGGCACAAUGGCGUCCCCUCCCACAUACCCCAUUUUUGUAUAUAAAGGACUUUUAUUUUGAACUGCAGACGUGAUGUCAUAAUGCUGCACCGAGCUCCUGCAUCUGUUGUAAUUCGUCUCAAGAAAGGACAAACACACAGAAAAACUCCUGAUGAAGCGACUGAGAUCCACAUGACACACUAUUAUAAAGAUGGCGUUUAUUAAAGAAGAGAGUGAAGACAUGAAGAUUGAAGACGUAUUCAGUUUGAAACAUGAAGAUACUGAGGAACAAACAAAGAUGGCAUUUAUUAAAGAGGAGAGUGAAGACCUGAAGAUUGAAGAAACAUUCAGUUUGAAACAAGAAGAAUCUGAGGAACAAACAGACCUGAUGGCACUGAAACAGGAGACUGAAGUACUCUAUGAAAUUGAAGAUCAAUAUAAGAAUCAUCAUGAUUUCAUUACUGAAGAAAAAUCUUUCAGUUGCUCAAAGACUGAAAACACUUCAUCACAAAAAAGAGCUAAAAAGACAAGGACUAAAAAUCACUUCAUCUGUCAACAGUGUGGAAAGAGGUUAAAUAGAAAAGGAAACCUUGAAGCCCACAUGAGAAUUCACACUGGAGAGAAACCUUAUACAUGCCCUCAGUGUGGAAAGGGUUUCAGUCAAAAAGGAAACCUUGAAGUCCAUGUGAGAACUCACACUGGAGAUCAACCUUACACAUGCCCUCAGUGUGGAAAGAGUUUCAGUCAAAUUGGACGCUUUGAAGACCAUAUGAGAAUUCACACUGGAGAGAAGCCAUUCAUCUGCCAACACUGUGGAAAAGGAUUUACUCAAAAAGGAAAGUUUGAAGUCCACUUGAGAACUCACACUGGAGAGAAGCCUUAUACAUGCCCUCAGUGUGGAAAGAGUUUCAGUCAAAAGGGAAACCUUGAAGUCCACAUGAGAACACACACUAGAGAGAAGCCUUGUACAUACCCUCAGCAUGAAAAGACUAUUGUUCAAGACAGGAACCAUAAGAGAGUUAACACUAGAGAGAAGCCUUUCGCCUGCCAAGAAUGUGGAAAAGGAUUCACUCAAAAAGGACAGUUUGAAGUCCACCUGAGAAUUCACACUGGAGAAAAGCCUUUCAUCUGCCAACACUGUGGAAAAGGAUUUAUUCGAAAAGGACAGUUUGAAGUCCACUUGAGGAUUCACACUGGAGAGAAGCCUUGUACAUACCCUUUCACCUGCCAGCACUGUGGAAAAGGAUUCACUAAAACAGGACCAUUUGAAGUCCACAUGAGAAUUCACACCGGAGAGAAACCUUUCACCUGCAAAAAAUGUGCAAAAAGUUUCCACCGUAAAGGAAUCCUUAACCGACACCUGAAAACUCACAUUGGAGACAUUGAGUGUCAUCACUGUGAAAAGACUUUCAAAUGUAAAGAAUUUCUUAAUUACCACAUGAGGAUUCAUGUAUGAGAGAAGAGACACACAGACAGUAAUCACUUUAGGAAUCAUGUAAUAAUUCAGACCAGAGAGAAGCUUUUCAUGUGCCAUCACUGUGGAAGGAUACAAUUUCAAUUAAGCAUCCUGAUAUACUCAGGCAGUCUUGUUUUUCUUUCUUUUGGCUCAUUUCCACCAAACUACGGUUCAGUACAGUUGUCUGAUUCUUGUGGCUUGUACUUUUCUGAGGAGGCACUAUCUCCCAAGUCUCUUUGAAAUGUAUGAUGGGAACAAAUGGUGAUAGUUCUCAGUGGGGAACUCGGACAUUACGGAGUCUGCACGGGUCAGGGGUUGUGAAGAUUACCUUUUACAAUUGUGUGUUUGAUUGAUCCAGUUGUUACAAGUGGUUCAGUUCAUGUAAAACAUCUAGUAGCCUAUAAUUCGUUUGCCAUUUUUUGCACAAUAAAAUCUUUACUGUUUA